ACAAGUGAGAUGGUAGUUAGUCGUAAAUGAGGAUAUUCUUUUUAAUACUACAGUGUGUGUUUUCAGUGACAGGUAGCAUCAAAUAUUGGAUUCACAUGAACGCAAUUUUAAUUGAUAUUUAUUUUCUUUUUACUUUUGUCAACAAUAUGUAAUAUAGGGGUUUAAAUUCGGUUUGUGACCUGUGUUGAACUGAACUGUGUUGCUGAUAAGUUAGCUAAGGAUGCACGAAUUAGGAAUAUAAACUUUGUAAUAUCAUGGAAUGUUGUACCUUAAGUUUCAAUCUAAUGAAUAGCUAAGUUGACGACAACAAAAAAAAUUCGGUUUGUGACCACUGUUAUAUGUCCUGUUUUUUUUUCAAUAAACUUUGCCGGGAAAAUAUUUACGGGUACACAAAAGUAACUGUUUGCGUGAGAAUUCACCAACAAAUGGAAUAAUAUGUUGGAUAUACAGUACUUAAUUACCCAAAAAGUAAAUUAAAAAGAAGCUCAAAGCUUAAAGAUACCACUUGUCCAAUCUUGAAGAAGAAUCAAAAGUUCUCGACAAAUUGAAGAUGAAUCAAACCUAUCCACAGAUUGUUUUUCUACAAAAGCUUCAACAUCAUAUCUCUGAAAACACACAUAAGAAAGAAAAAUAUCGAGAGAAAGUGAUGUCAAACCAAGAUUCUGUUCAGUUGGAUGUCCAAGAAAGCCAUGUGGUGAUGGGAAAUGGUAUAGUGAAAGUGACCAUAUCAAAACCAGAUGGUUUUGUCACCGAAAUCUCUUACCAGGGGGUUGACAAUCUACUAGAAACUCACAAUGAAGAUUUCAAUCGAGGGUAUUGGGACCUUGUUUGGAGCGAUGAAGGGGCGCCUGGAACCACAGGGAAAUCGGAGCGGAUCAAAGGCACAAGUUUUGAAGUAGUAGUGGAAAAUGAAGAACUGGUAGAGAUUUCCUUCUCCAGGAAAUGGGAUUCUUCUCUCCAAGACAGUAUUGCUCCCAUUAAUGUUGACAAGAGGUUCAUAAUGCGUAAAAAUGUAAGUGGAUUCUACUCAUAUGCGAUAUUCGAGCAUCUAGCGGAAUGGCCUGCUUUUAACUUGCCUCAGACAAGGAUUGUCUACAAGCUUCGUAAAGACAAGUUUCAAUAUAUGGCUAUUGCUGAUAACAGACAGAGGAAAAUGCCACUUCCAGAAGAUAGAUUGGGUAAAAGAGGAAGACCCUUGGCUUAUCCUGAAGCUGUUCUUCUUGUUCAUCCUGUUGAAGAAGAGUUUAAAGGAGAGGUUGAUGACAAGUAUGAGUAUUCAUGCGAGAACAAAGACCUCAAAGUGCAUGGAUGGAUCUCACAGAACUUGGGUUUGGGUUGCUGGCAAAUCAUUCCUAGCAAUGAGUUCAGAUCAGGUGGCUUGUCGAAACAGAACCUUACCUCUCAUGUUGGUCCCAUCAGUCUCGCCAUGUUUUUGAGUGCUCACUACGCGGGUGAGGACAUGGUGAUGAAGGUGAAAGCAGGGGAGCCAUGGAAGAAAGUGUUUGGUCCUGUUUUUACUUACCUCAAUUGCUUGCCUGACAAGACCUCUGAUCCUCUUUUGCUAUGGCAAGACGCGAAAAACCAGAUGUUAACUGAAGUCCAAAGCUGGCCUUACGAUUUCCCUGCUUCAGAAGACUUUGCAGUGUCUAAUAAGCGCGGUUGCAUCAGCGGUAGAUUACUAAUAUGCGACAAUGAUGAACUUUUACCGGCAAAUGGUGCUUUCGUAGGUUUGGCUCCACCAGGAGAGGUUGGAUCCUGGCAAUUAGAAUCUAAGGGCUAUCAAUUCUGGACAGAAGCAGAUGCUGAUGGUUAUUUCGCCAUAAAUGAUAUCCGAGAAGGCGAAUAUAAUCUCAAUGCUUAUGUGACAGGAUGGAUUGGGGACUAUCAAUACGAACAAUUGAUUAACAUUACUGCAGGCUGCGACAUUGACGUUGGCAAUAUCGUGUAUGAACCGCCCCGAGAUGGGCCAACAGUGUGGGAAAUAGGGAUACCUGACCGGUCUGCAGCUGAGUUCUUUGUUCCAGACCCAAAUCCCAAAUACAUCAACAAACUAUACAUUGGUCAUCCUGAUAGGUUUAGGCAAUACGGGCUAUGGGAAAGAUACACAGAACUAUAUCCUAAGGAAGAUUUGGUGUUCACCAUUGGCGUCAGUGAUUAUAAAAAAGAUUGGUUCUUUGCACACGUUACCAGGAAACUGGAAGAUGACACAUAUCAAAAAACGACAUGGCAAAUCAAGUUCAAGCUAGAGAAUGUGCAGAAAAACAGCACAUACAAAAUCCGGAUCGCACUAGCAACAGCAAAUGUAGCAGAAUUACAGGUGAGGAUGAAUGAUGAUGACACUGAAAAGAGUACUCCUAUGUUCACAACGGGUGUAAUCGGGCACGAUAACGCGAUUGCAAGACAUGGAAUACAUGGAAUCUAUAGGCUUUAUAAUGUGGAUGUACCAAGUGAGAAGCUUGUAGAAGGAGAAAACACUUUGUUCUUGACACAAACCAUGACCACCACUGGAGCCUUUAAUGGUCUCAUGUACGACUAUAUCCGCCUUGAAGGACCUCCUUUAGAUUCAAACUCUCACUAAGUUACUUUUUGUUAUCAAGACUUUGUCACAUUAUUAUAUAUGCAAUUUGUAUUUGCGGGUUACUAAUAGUCAAAUAAGCAUUAAAUGGGCCUUUGUCUUGGGCCUUCUUUCUAAUCUCA